AUGGAGGUGGAGGAGGCACAGACGAUGAAGCGUUUCACGUUCGAGUUCUUCCCGUGCCGUACGCUCCACCUUUUCUUCUUCACGGAGGUCACCAACGGCGACGAGAUACUCGGGCAGAUUCGCGCCGGCACUCUCGAGAUGGCCUUCAUGUCGCCCUCCCUCAUCGUGGACGAGUUUCAGGUGGUGGCGGCUGCCCACCGGGUGCUGCAGGACGAGGCGCGAGGCAAGAUGGUGACCAAGAACCUGCACUCCGAGCUCGUGCACACCCUCAGCGGCGCACACCACAUUGCGGAGGGCAUCCGCAAGUUUGGAAUGGAUGUGCACCACAACUACUUCCUUGUGGCGCUGUUCGAUGCCGACGAUGCCACGAUCGAACGACUGAAGGGGCUGGUGCAAGGAAAGGAGACUGAGGUGGAUCAAUUCAAGAAGCACACCGUCAUCACGAAAGCCUUGCAGCACUACAAGAUCAGCAACGACGAAAAGGCGAUGAGCGACAUCGUGGGCUCCAUCGUCUCCCGCAUCGCCACGCGAGGCCACUGA